AGGCGUAUUUUAAUGUUGAGAAGUAGACGAAUUUAGACAUUUGUACGACUAUUAUUUGCAAAUUAAGACCACUGAAAUGACAAUUUACAGCGUGUACGUGAUCAACCGGGCCGGUGGGUUGAUCUAUCAGAUGGACCACACCAUGCCCAAGACGGAAGUUGAAAAAACCUUCAGUUUUCCUCUGGAGUUGACGCUGAAAAUCUACGACGAACGAGUUGUCGUGUCGUUUGGCCAACGAGACGGGAUUAAAGUUGGGCACACUAUUCUUGGGAUUAAUGGUGAACUGGUCCGAGGGAGACAGCUGGAGGACGGUCGAGACGUUUUGGAGAUGAUUGCAAACCCUGACAACUACCCAAUUGCCAUCAAGUUUGGCCGUCCCAAACUCUCCACUAACGAACGCAUCAUGCUUGCUAGUAUGUUCCACUCCUUGUAUGCCAUCGGAUGUCAGUUGUCACCAGAGAUGAAGUCUUCAGGAAUACAGGUCUUGGAGACGGAUUCCUUCAAACUUCACUGUCUACAGACGCACACAGGGAUCAAGUUGAUCAUCUUAGCCGAUCCUCGUCAAGGAGGUGUGGAUGCCCUUCUAAGAAAGAUUUCCGAGGUGUACGCAGACUUCGCUUUAAAGAAUCCUUUCUACUCAAUAGACAUGCCCAUUAGAUGUGAUUUAUUUGAAACCAAUCUUCAGGCAGCAGUAGAAAGCUCUGAGCGUUCUGGCAUGUAUGGAGCUGGAAUAUAAGAAGGUUAGUCUUCUUACAAGACACUGAUACAGGUAGCCCUCUUGAUAGCCUAGGCUCAUGGCUAGUCUUUCAACAAGGCGUGAACAACUACAAGGAAGUUUGCAAUGCUUAGUGCUGUGAUAAGCAGAAACUACAAAAGUCUAAGUUCAACCUAGCAGCCCCUCCCUAUUGUGAACUGGAUGUUCUUGGAGUUCAGCUAGUCUCCGUUUCAAGGCAAAAACUAUCUCAAUUCUGUAUAAUCUAGAUGGAUGACAAACCAUGGCUAGUCUCUUUCCAAGGCUGAGCUUGUAGUCUCACCUACACAUUAUUUAGUUGUGUACUGUGUGGUGAUGAGGUGAUUGCAUCAAAAGCAACACAACAGCUAGACUACUUGUAUAUCUAGUACGAUGAAACACACCUUUCAGGUCUGCUGCUUCAUGAAGACAACGAAGGCAAUUGCCCCAAUUCCCCCGGGUUAUUGCCUUGGUGCCCUUGAAAUGCUCCAGUAGCAAUUUACAAUUUCCUCAUAGGAGAAAAUGCCUUGGUGCUCUUGCCCUUUCAAAAACCAAGCAUACGGGCCAGACUUUUUUUAUCCAACACCACAUAUUUUCCAUAGACUAAAGUCUCCAACUAUGGGUGGGCUUAAUGUUUUAUAUGUAAAUAAACAAUUAAUAAAAUAUUGUGUAAUAAAUACUGUAAAUAAAUAUGGAAAAGAUUAUCAUGUGAGUGUCAACCUCUUUCUCUGUGUGUUUGCUCUUGCCACUAUCCCAUGCAUGUUUAGCUCUAUGGUAACCCCUGGACUUAUUUCAUUAAUUAAAAGUGUACAUUAUUAUGGAGGGUUAAUUACUUGCAAAUCACAACCAUGAGAGACAAGCACUUGUUUUUUAUUAAUGUAAAUCAUUUUUAUUUCACAUCGCGACAGUCUGUGCAAACAACUGAUUCAAUUAUUUCAACUGGGUAAAUAAAACAAUUAUUGUAAAUGUUUAAAGUACAACGGAAUGUCUCUUAGCGAAAAUACAAGAAGUGAUUUUUAUACUUACUGCAAUAAGAAAACAAAAUUAACAAAAGGUUCGUAAAAUAUUUAUUAGACAUAAAACUAGUUGAGUAGGUAAGUCGAAAAUAUAGUGACCCAUGUUUACUUAAAAAACCAGCUACUGCUCGCAAUCAUGUAUCCGAACCAAAAAUUAAAUGACGUGUACACCCGCCGUUGGAAACACUAUUGUAUAGCGUGCUCAGGGGGAACUGGAAAUCAUGCUCAUAAUCUCCCUUUUUCCAGGGGCUAUUUACAGGAUGUUGAACAUGGAACAUAGACGUGCUAGGCAUAACUCUUUAUCCUCAAUGAGGGCGCUGUUAUGAGCUUCUGACAUACGCAAAGGAUCAUGUAAAGCGAGCCGUGGUUUCAGUUAAUUUGAUUUGAAAUUGGAGAAAAACAAGAAGGUGAAACAAAAGUCUAAAACCAGACCAAUCAUAUAAAAAAAACAUACAAAAAAACUAAUAGAAUAAACUUGACAAAGUCCUUCCACUUGUCACUCUGCAUUGAGGCUUUAUAUCUGAUAGUGGUAAAUAUUUAAUUUUUGUACAAGAAAGACCUUUUUGUAAAUCUAAAUAAAUUUUACAGUACUUUUAGCAUAUAUAGAAAAACUAUGGUGGAUAAAAUAAAAAUCAUGAAAAUCAAA